AUGGCCAAGAAUAAUCUCACCACAGUGACCGAGUUCAUUCUCAUGGGCUUUACUGACUACCCCAGGUUAGAGAUUCUCUUCUUUCUGGUGUUUCUGAAUUUCUAUGUAGUCACCCUUCUGGGAAAUGUGGGGAUGAUUAUUCUGAUCCAGCUGGAUGUCCAACUCCACAACCCAAUGUACUUCCUUCUGAGUCACCUCUCCCUUCUAGAUGCCUGCUACACCUCAGUCAUCACCCCUCAGAUUCUAGCCACACUGGCCACAGGCAAGACGGUCAUCUCCUAUAACCAAUGUGCUGCCCAGUUCUUUUUCUUCACCAUUUGCGCAGGUACAGAGUGUUUCCUGCUGGCAGUGAUGGCCUAUGACCGCUAUGUUGCUGUCAGCAACCCACUGCUCUACACCGUAGCCAUGAAUCCCAGAAUCUGCUGGAGGUUAGUGGUGGGAGCCUAUGUCUGUGGGAUAUCGGGGGCCAUCCUGCGAACCACAUGUACCUUCACCCUCUCCUUCUGUGAUAACAAUCAGAUUAACUUCUUCUUCUGCGACCUCCCGCCCCUGCUGAAGCUUGCCUGCGAUGACACAACAAACACUGAGAUUGUCAUUGUCUUCUUCGGCAACUUUGUGAUUUUAGCCAAUGCCUUGGUCAUCCUGAUAUCCUACCUACUCAUCAUCAAGGCCAUUUUGAGAGUGAAAUCUUCAGGUGGCAGGGCCAAGUCUUUCUCCACAUGUGCCUCCCAUCUCACUGCUGUAGUCCUUUUCUUUGGGACUCUCAUCUUCAUGUAUCUGCGGAGUGGCUCAAGCAAAUCCCUAGAGGAAGACAAGAUUGUAUCUGUCUUCUACACUGUGGUCAUCCCCAUGCUGAAUCCUCUGAUCUAUAGCCUGAGAAACAAAGAUGUGAAAGCAGCCUUCAAAAGGGUCGCUGAUAGAUUCCAGGUGUUUUGGAACAUGUACAUCUGA